GUAUCUACGUUCUGCUACUUCCUCUGUCCCAGCGUGACACCUAAGCUCCUGCGGUGCCUUCUGAUCGAUGCUGAUCUGCAGGAUCAACCCGGUUUAUGUGUAGGAUUAAAGACGUGUGCUGCGGGGGGUUUUGUCAGAGACGCCCUCUGAACUCAUGGAUUGUUUUGACGGAUCUUCGGGCCAAUUCAGGGACUUCACGAAGGGCGACUUUGAGGCUGACUGGAUUAAAGUGGCAGAAUGCAGAUUUGGUCAGGUGCACCAGGUCAAGCUCAAACUCUGGCGGGAAAAAUGUGCCCUGAAAAACUUUGACACAACCAUGUGCCCAAACAACUUUUACAGAAGAAUAAUGGACGAGGCGUCCAACAUCGUCAAAGUGAAAUUCAAAUAUAUCAUGUCCAUCUACGGACUGUGUAGUGAAGCGACAGCUGUGGUGAUGGAGUACAUGAGCAAUGGAUCACUUAACAAUCUCCUAGCCAGUCACACGUUGAUGUGGCCAAAGAAGUUCCAGAUGAUUCAUGAGGUCUCCAUGGGCAUGAAUUUCCUCCACAGCAUGAAACCUCCGCUACUUCAUCUUAACCUCAAGACGUCAAACGUCCUACUAGACGAUCAUCUCCAUGUCAAGAUUUCGGACUUUGGCCUGAUCCACUGGGAAGGGGGAAUGAGCAAGAAGUUGUUCAUGGAGCAUCUCACAGCAAGAGGGAACAUUAGUUACAUUCCACCGGAGACCUUCACUCAGUGCCCCGAUCCACCAGGAACUACGUUUGAUGUUUACAGCUUUGGAAUUGUGAUGUGGGAGAUUCUGACACAGCAGAAACCGUACGCUGGGUGCAGCGUGACCACAGUGCUCCUGCAGGUAUCACAAGGGAGGAGACCCUGUACGGAGAUGAUACCUGAGGAGAAGCCCCGCGAGUGUGACCCCAUGAUCAGCCUCAUGCAGAAGUGUUGGGACCAGGAUAGCAGGAAGAGGCCGCUGUUCUCAGACAUCGUGAUAAAGACGGAGGCUCUGAGUGAAGUCCUGAAGAUCCCAAGACCAAUCCACUGUCACAGAAACGGCGACAAGGAACAAACGUCUGAUUAUUCUUGGCUGGUUCCCCCGAUACAUAAGAUGACUUUGCCUAAGAUGCCUGACAUUUCCUCAGAUGACCAACAUGCCCCGUCCGGCAUUCUCUCGCUUUUGUCCAAAAAGGACUUUCGUAGUUUCAGACAGUCUGUGAAGAGGGAGCAUGUGUGCACUCUGUUUUCAGGGGAAAAGAGCCUCCUCCACUACACGGUAGUCAGUGGAGAUGCCUCGAGUGUUGAACACGUCCUAAGACUGAAUGCUGAAGUCAACUGUACAACUGCCAGAGGUUACACGCCGCUUAUUAUUGCUGUCCUGUACAGGCUUCAUGACAUCAUGUCUCUAUUGCUGGAUCAUGGGGCAUCAGCCACCCAGGGAGAUGAGGACCAGUGGACAGCUCUACAUUUUGCUGCUCAGAACGGUGAUGACAGAGCUGUACGUCUCCUUUUGGACAAAGGUGCUGUGGCGGAUGCCCAGGAGAAAACCGGCUGGAUGCCCCUCCAUCUGGCCUGCCAGAAUGGCCACGAGGCAGUGGCGCGCCUGCUGCUUUCACGGCUGUCGGAGGAAGCAGUCGGACAAAAGGAGGAAAAACGAGGGAAGACGGGGCUACACCUAGCCUCCGCCUACGGAUAUCUGAAUAUUGCCAAGCUCCUCCUCACGAAGGGAGCAGAUCCCAAUGUUAUAGAUGCCACUGAUUCCACUGCUCUUCACCUGUCGGCUGGGGAAGGCCAUAAUAGAGUGGUAAGACUGCUGUUGAAUGGUGGGGCGAGUACUGACAGUAGGGACAGCAAGGGGUACACUGCACUUCACCUGGCUGCUCUGAAGGGUCACACAGGCAUAUGCAGGCAGCUGUUGUCAAACGGAGCCAGCCCAGACUCCAGGACCCUCCAAGGCUGGACUCCUAUUCACCUGGCUGCCCUUAGAGGUCAUGAAGCUACCAUGGUCCAGCUGGAGAGCCAGGGUGGUUGUGUGAAUGUUAAAGGUGGGAACGGAUGGACUCCACUCCACCUCGCUUGCCACCAGGGCCAGUCGGAAGUGGUGACAAAGCUUUUGGCGGCCAAAGCAGAGCCAAAUGUGACGGAGGACCGUGAAGGAUGGACACCACUACAUGCAGCCUGCACCAGUGUUAGUUUCCCAUGUGUACUCCACUUGAUAACACAUCAUGCAGAUGUCAAUGCUGUAAGCAAAGGAAAGACGACACCUUUACACCUGGCUGCCCAGCAUGGCUGUGUGCCGAUCGUAAAGGCUCUACUGCUGAACGGGGCAGACAGGACACUGCUGGAUUCUUCUGGGAACACAGCUCAGGAUGUGGCUCAGAAAUGUGAAAAGGGGGAAAUAGUGCAGCUUCUGGAAAAUGGAUGUUAACCAUGACUCUAGUUCCUGGUGAAGCCGUUCGAAUGGAAGGAUUACGGAACAACGAAAACAUGAAUGACACAGCAGGAAUCUUAUCCUUAUUUUGAGAGGGGAUUUGACUAAGCUGCUUAGAGCAAGAUUGUGAAAACAUUUUUUUAUGUCUUAUCUUAAAAAAAAGAUAAUACAUUAUAACACAAACACACAAAAGUAUUUAAAGCAUUUUAUCUGUCUCUUUCUCACAAUUGCAUUUGUCAUUAAGCUCCCUGAAUGUUUUUAUAUUUUCAAAUCAUUGUAGAACCGAAUCUUGACAUAUAUUUUCUAUUGUUAUUUUUAUUUUGAAAAUGAAACUUUCACAAAUCAGGCAUUUCUAUAUUUAUAAUACUGUUACAGUCUGUUAAUUACAACUAAAUGGCCGAGAAGUCACACAAAAGAGCAAUAGCAGAAGUUAAAAAAAUGAAGAGCCACAACACAACAGCAAAUUUGACACACAACAACCAAAGCCACAUCAGAACUACAUUAGAAACACAACCACAACUCAAUGAGCGACAACAGAUGUUGACGAUGAAAUGAGCAGAGACACUUACCGCAGUGAAGGGAGCCGUCGCAAGCAAAUUGAGUCUUAAAAUGUAAUGCUUGUCUAUUUGAAGUGUUACCAUACAGGUGCUUGGAGCAUCCAACAAAGAAGAGAAAAAAUAAGUUGUAGUCGUGUUGUGGCUUUUGCCGUCAAUUCACUUGUGUAAGGCUCUUCAGGGUGAGUCAACACAUGGGGUCAGAACCAGGUGAAGUCGACUAUAAUGACAAAGCCAUAUUGAUUCUCCUCUUUGAAUCACCUUGAGUAAUGAGUCCUCCCACUCCUGAAGAGAAUGCUGCGCCCACAUCUUGAUGAAAAUAAGAAUAUGAAAUCGCUGCUGUUAUAAUGAAAUAGAGAGAUGUAUUUGAUUUAAACUGUCAAACCUUGUGAAUGUAUAACGUGUCUAAUAAUAAGAUGAGAGAGCUGUUGGACCGCUGUAACUGACAACACUGUAGUAACCAGGAUCUAUUGGACAUUCCCAAACUAUUAAACUGCAUAUACAGCGGGGCUCCACUCGUGGGAAAGAGCCUUUAUGACAAGGCAAAAUAACUCUAACGAUCAGUCAUCGCCCGCAGACUGAUGGAGGCCCUCUCCAGCUUGAGCCACGCUCAUUUACAACAGUGACACCUUAUUAAAGUGAAAUGGAAUGCAGGGAUUUAGGAGGUGUAUUGAUCUUCAUGUUCACAGGGGGCUCCCUGAAGCCACAAGAGACUGAUUCUGAUGGAGCUCUGGUGGGAGCUGAAUUAUUAAAUUAUAACGAGUUGGA